AUCAUUAUGAUUAAUGAGCUGAUGUUAACAUCGUCGCUCUAGGUUGCAAUGUGUGUGUAGCAGUGAACACUCUCUACGGGUAAUUACUCGGCGCCCACGUUCGCUCUAUGGCUUUCCUUGAAUCAUACUGUGCAAGGUUGCCAUUGGCGGCCAAUAAUAACACGAAGAAUUGCGGGACGUUGACGCUGGGGGCCAACGCCUUCCCCAAGAAAUCGAUCGGUUCCGAUACCCCUUGUCGAAUCUCCAGCUACUUAGAUAAAACCGCCGCGUAGCAAUCUCGACAUUCAGCAUGUUGGGGUUCACUUCGUCUUCCCUUCCGUCCGUCGAAUGUCCGGAGCAGAGGUUUUCAGUGCAUUAGGCACCCCUGCACGAACGGCUGCACGGGUUCUCCUCGCACCACGAUAUGCUGUUAAUGGCUUCCAGCCUCUCCGAGGGUGGGUGGACAACGAAUAUGCACGCGCGCGAUACGGGCCGUGGUACAUGUGGCGUAUAUGGCUUCUUUUUGAUUGCAAAGACCUCGAAGUGCUGGAGAGUUUGAUCAACGACGGACAAGACGAGCAGGUACUUGAGAUGCGGGAUGCGAAGUUGAAGCAGUUCAAGCUAGUCACGUUGGUGGGCGCCCUCUUAGCAACUUUAGCUCUUCAGGCACUCUCCCUCCCUGUCCUAGAGGAGACCAUAUUCGUCGCACGCGCAAGCUUCAUCGUUAGCACUAUGCUCUCCCUGCUCGCCACAUUCUUCACCCUCAUCCAACAACGCGAAGUUGGCGUCAUCCGCGAUGCGAGAUCCUUUCGGAGAUGGCUCUCCAAUGGCGUCCAGUACUAUAACGCCCGAGAGCGCCUUGUAUGGCAGAGCUCUCUGACGUCCCUAACGUUAGUGGAAGCUCCUUACGAACUGAUAAGCUUAGCUGUAGCGAGCUUCGUAGCAGGCAUGUCAGCAUAUGUGUGGGAUGUUUGGAAGGACGGACUAAAAGCUCAGAAAGAGCAGGGUCUGGACGGUGUAGCAGUGGUAGUGUACUUUGCUGUUGCGACAGGGUUUGCAUUUACAAUGUUUCCAGUGUUAUUGGGACUAAAGGACCGAGAGGAGAGUGUGUAUUAUAAGAAUACAGAGAUGUAGGGUCGGGAUGGAAUGCUUAGGUAUCUUGACGACUAUGACGUCACCUCAAUACUCAGCAACACUACAUUGACGACUACUCUUGCGCCAGCCACAUAUGACUGUUUUA